GUCUUGGAAAUCAAGGGCGUUUUUUCCCCAAUGUAAUAUUUUUGCAAAAGCAGACAUAAAGGAGGCUGACUUGUAAUCCUGACUGGCCUGCGACUGAAGCAAUUCCCGAGUUUUCAAAAGCUGACAGUACUUGUUCCAGAAAUUUAGCCUAGUUCUAUCCUGUUUUUAUUAGCACUGUUUGACCUAUCGCGGUCUACAGAUCCAUCCAACCUUUUUUAGUGGGAAGGCGGGGUUAUCAGGUUUGGAGGCGAGACCGUCACUGUGAAAUGUAACAAAACAGUUGCUGAACCGGUGGAAAUUAUUUUCUCUCGUAAGACUAGCUCCAAGCAUGUUCAGGUCUUGGUGAAGCUCUCAAAUCUGAGAACUGUUGUAUAGCAAAUUCAUACUUUUGGAAACUGGUAGCUAUGUAGCACCACAAAAGACUGAAGAAACAGUACAUAGGUGGGUGUAGCACAGAAGAUGAAUGGACUCAGUGAAUUUACACCAAGUGGGUAUCGUAGGGCACACACUGCUCUAUGGAGGUUCCCAACUGGAGAACGUAUGAGGUCAGGCCGAGCUUCAGCUGCUGGAUAUUUACAGGAAAAGCAGAUUGCCUGCAUGCCCAUGCAGCUUGCUGAUAGCAGUAGCUCAUCUGAAUCUGUUUUUCUUCCACAUCUUGAUGAUGUACAAGCUCAUCACUCAGCAAGUUCUGUCUCCUUACCAGCAUUUCUAAGAGGCAGCAGAAAAACGGCACCACAGAGCUUUGGCUGCAAGUUUCUUCUCAAUCGAACCCUUACUGAACUUCCAAACAGUAUUGCCUCAUUAAGCACGAGCACAGUCAGUCAGGAUCAGCCCCAUCGACCAUUGACAUCUAGCUCUAAUCAACAAAGCACAAGUGGAAAUAAAAUACCUUGGUACCUUGCCCUUCUGCAUGAAAAGGAACAAUGCCUGCUAAUGCUCGGGGAGGAAAUUAAUCGACUUUCUGUGUUUGAAGCAGAGUCUACAAGGAAAGAUGGUGUGAUCUCCACUCUCAGGGAUGAUAUAGCAGAACUGCAGAAGCAACUGAGUCUUCUUAGCAAUGCUGAUGACAUCAAAACACAGGAAAAAAUAAUCUUGAAACUUGAAGAUGAAGUAAACCGGCUUAAAGUUUUUGAGCAGGAGUCUAUAAGGAAAGACAACUUAAUUGCUGAUUUGAGAGAAGAAGUGGAUUGCUUAACAUUGCAAUUAAACCAGAUGGGCCCUGUCCUCAACACUGAUUCCCCAGCACUAACAACAAUUUUGUCUAGAUUGUUUAUGGACAAUGAGAUCAAAGUGACUAAGCUGGAUGAUGAGUGUUUGAAUGACCUGCAGAUAUCUGAAAAUGGUUAUGUGAAGGAAGAGAGUGAGGAAGAAGGCACGUUCAAGGCUGAACAAGAGCAGAUGGAGAAAGAACUGGUCCAGGCUGAUCUGAAAUAUCUAGAGGCAAGAAAUCAAGAACUCACAGAGGAACUGGAGAAAUUAAAACGGGACUAUAAUUUUUCCACAGGUACUGUAUCUUCAUUGCAAAGAGAAGUAGCUUAUCAGAUGUCACAGCUGCGAAAAGCAGAAUCUGAAGAAGAAAGACUUAGGAAAGAGCUCAGAGAGAGAGAAUGCCAGUUACAAGCCAUGUCUAACAAGUUUUCAAGCUUGCGAGAAGAAAGAAAAUGUGACGAAAUAAUGGCAGAAAUAGAAAAAGAAAAUUCUGGCCUUUGGCAGCUUGUCUCAGAAAUGAAGUCUGAGCUGGAACAGAGGAACAAGUUGAUAUCUGAGUUGAAGACAGAAGUGCACCGGUUGCAGCUGGAGUUGUAUGCAGAACGAGAGCAGGCAAAGAGGUUUCAGAGUGAGAGAACAGAGAUGCACGUGAAAACAAAUGCUCUGCAACAGACACUACAGCAAACAAAAGUAGCACUGGAGUCCACACAGGCCAGAUUCGAUAGAUUCCAUAGCAAAAUAUUCCAGGCUACAUAUUGUGCCACUGGUGCCAAGCCGCUUCAGACUGAAAUAAGUGACGGUGAAAUCAUGGAUCUUAUGCAGAAAAUAAUCAAUGACCGCAUGGAGUUCCACCAGUUGCUAAAACAGAAAGGAGAAAACGUACCACCUCUUUUCUUUAAUGAAGCACAAGACAAGUCUAAGUCUCCCAAAAAGAAUGGCAAAUAACAGUGCUUGGUCAUAUAUCUGGGAAUCUGUUUGAUUCUGUUUUUUCUUUGUCACGGGGGUCUUCAAGAUUUAUGCUGAUUUCAAAUUGCAGGGAGAUUCAUUUCCUAAAAUCAUGGGCAUGUUUUUUGUGAGAAAUUAGGAAACCAACAUGGAUAAGAUCAUUAAUAAACUGUAUUGUCCUGCUUUCUUUCCUUUACUGAGAUUUAUAGUCUGUAUUGUAAUAUUCAUUAUUAACAACAAAGGGAUGAAACACUAUAAUUACAUACACAGUCAGUCAGAAGUAAUAUGUAGAUGGCUAAGGUAAUUCCUAUAUUCUUUGUGGAAACAUUGCCUUAAGUAUCAAUCAAACCCACAAGAAAAACACUGAAUAGACAAGUAUCUAGACUGGUUGCAAAAAUGUUUUUUUUUUACCUAAGAAAUGUCAUGUGUAAGCACAUACUGAGAUGACUGUAUUUAUUUUUAGGAACACCAGUUUUGUUGAGGUCAGCAUAUGGGUCUGUCCUAUCACAAUGUCCAGUCAUCUUAUGCCGUUAUUUCUGAUGGCGAUGAAAAUGUAAACAUAUAACAAAAAGCCUUAGUACUUGACUCCAUAUUUUCUAAAAAUGUGAAUGGUUUAGUAAAGGGAAAAAUAAAUGUAUAUGUUUAAUGUC